AAUUAUUGAGUUCUAUAAGACCUAUGAGUUCUAUAAGAAUCAUUGAGGUCUUAUAGAACUCGAUGAAUGAAACAAACUGGCCCGAUCAAGUGGUGAGUUUGUUGCUCGAUACUGUCAGAGAAAGAGAGAGUAUUUGGAAUACCAAAAGUAAGCAUUACAAAAACAGAAAUAUGAAGAAUGCACACUACCAGGAAAUACUGCAAGCAAUCAAAGUUGAACUGCCAAACGUUGAUUUGCCAAACAUCAAAGAUGAACCUUCCACUCCCAACACAGUCGAAUUUAAAAAACGUUUUCUCACAAAGGAUCACAAAAUUAAACAGAGCGUCCAUGAAAAUUUGAAAAGUUUUCCUUGGCUUUGUGGCAAGUAUAGUACAGCACGUCCUACUUAUGAGAUGAAUUAUCGUCACAUGUAUCUUGAAGUUGACGAAUCAAAGACUGAGGAUCUUUUAAAGCAAGAAAUCGAUGACAAAUUUGAAUAGAAAGCUUCAGAUUACAUCGAAUUACGUUAUGUUGACCCACGUAAGAAAAUAGAAAUGCAACAGCUAUCCAACAAUGUUAUGGCUGAUUGAAAGAAGACGGAGGACUAACAAAUUAAGUGUCAAGGGAAAAUUUAAAAGUGGUUGGUUUACCUUUGGAGAAGCAAUACAUAUAUUCAAAAGCGGUAGAUAUUCUGACGAUAGUUCAUAAACGCAACCUUCUACGGAACAUUCAGGAUCUUGGACUACGUUUGGAAGGAGUUGCACCUAAGCGUUAAUGGCAAUAAAACUGAUUUUGAAAACUCUCUUAAAGACACUGCUUCUGUUAUUUCUGACCUCGUUUAUUAAAGUCUGUAGCCAAAUAGCAAUCCCCAAA